AGGAGGAGGAGGGAGAGGGCUGAUUUCUCUCCAGCAGCACUGAGCUGUCCAAACCACAGAAAUAGACACAACGGGGAGGGGGCAUGGAGACAGAUCUAUCAUUGUAUCACCUUCCUCAGGACCACAGGGGAUAAGACAAUGCUCAUCAACAGGCCUCUCUGGAUAAGAAGUGAGAACCUAGAUAAUUGGCAGCAUGUGAAGUCUUGGUUAACCCAAUAUGAGUCUCCCUGAUGCAGUAGAAGAAUAAUGCAUGGACACGGCAUAGACAGGAGAACUCUAUCGAGUAGUGCCAUGGAUGACAUAGGUAUAGAAUAAGCCCCAUCAUUAUCAUUCUGAGCUACAGCAUGCAUCCACCAGUCGCCCCAUACUGAAUGGAGGGGUAAUUGGGGGCUCUAGUUCAACAUGCAGAGGCUGGGUGACCGCAGGGCCACUGGGAACCAAAGUAAUUUCUCUGCAGAACAAGGACCACUCUCGAUGCCAGACACAGUCCUCAGGAUAGCACUCAUCAUUUCGCUGCUUUGCCUAUCUUUGUUUGGGAACAUUAUGCUUUUAGUAGUUUUUCACCGAAAGCCCCAGCUACUCCAGGUGGCCAACCGCUUCAUCUUCAACCUCUUGGUAGCCGAUCUACUGCAAACGGUCCUGGUGAUGCCUUGUGUCAUUGUUACCUCCCUCCCAGAUAUUUGGCCUUUGGAACAUGGACUCUGUGGUGCAGUAGUGGUGCUUAUGCAUCUGUUUGCAUUUGCUGGAGUAAACACCAUCACAGUGGUUUCGGUAGACAAAUACUUGGCCAUUAUCCAUCCAUUAUCCUACCCUACCAAGAUGACCCCAAAGAGAGGAAGUCUUCUCAUCUUCUUCACAUGGAUCCUCAGCGUCCUUCAGAGCACCCCUCCUCUUUACGGAUGGGGCAAGGUGGAAUUUGAUCUACAAAGCCACUAUUGCAAAGUACUAUGGGCUUCGAGUUAUUCAUACACCAUGCUCAGCGCCUUAUUUUCUUUCAUCUUGCCAGUGAGCAUUAUGUUGGCGUGCUAUGGGAUGGUGUUCAGAGCAGCCAGGAGGCAGAAUGCCUUAGUUCACCCGGUUCAGGCAAAUGGAUGUGACAGGUCAGAUGGGACAAGAUCAUCUGCUUUAAAUGCACUUGACAAAACAAGUCAUCACAGACCGCUCUAUCACUGCAAAGCAGCCAAGGUUAUCUUUGCUAUUUUAUCAUCCUACAUUAUCAGCAUGGGUCCUUAUAGUGUCCUGAGCAUCAUCUCCUCCUGUGCUGGUACAAUCAUCCCUAAAUGGGUAACAUCCAUAGUCCUUGUCCUCUUUUUCCUACAGUGUUGUAUACAUCCUUAUAUCUAUGGAUAUAUGCAUAAAAGCUUGAAAAAAGAAUUCCUUUUGUUGUUGCAUGGAUUUUUUUGUAAGCAGGUGCACCCUCAAAAUGCCAUAGUAGAUAGUUAUAUUAUACUGACAGAUGGCAGAAUCUUUCAAUCUCACUUCUCUACUGGACCUACGGUAAAAUUCCUAGAGGAAGAAACUACUAUAUCUGUAAUCACCGGAAAGAGUCUAAAUAACCUUAAGAUAAAAGACAGUAGAAAAGAAAGCAGUUCUGCCAAUAUAUCUCCUGAAAAACAAUCCAUUCAGCAAAAGACAGAUCCCGACUUACCCCAACUCAUAAGCUGCUAAACAAUUGAACUUUUGUAACUUAUCUAAAUAUGUGGAGGUUUUCUGUAUGUAAAGUUGGUCUAAAAAUUUGGGUAUAAAACGUAGUGGUACUGUGUGUGGUUUAACCUUUUCAUUGCUGGCAGGAGUCUGUGGGGUAAGGCACUACAUGUUUUAGGGCAAUGAAAGGGUCAAACUCUCCUGAAUUGUGGGGCUAAGCGCUGUAUGUUCUUGUAGAUGUGCUAAACAGAUAAAUCUAAUUUUUUUUAUAAUAAAAAGAAAUAGAAAUUAUAUCUAUAUUAGGAAGCAGACCAAAUCUGUUCAGAAUUAUAAAGGGAAUCUAUCACUAAAGUUAUUUUAUAAAAGGUGCCUGUAAAAUAGGGUAGAAAUAUGUUCUUCAAUAGUAUAAGUGCCAAAUUUAGAUUUUUUUUUUUUUUGUGUUGAUUUGAUGUAUUUCAAAGAAUAUCAUGCUUGAAGAACCUAUGGUCUAUAUCCAGCUAAAGAACAACCCAUAGCCCAUACCAGUCACUGUAUAACCUACUCAAUGUGAAUGAUGCAUCCUAUACAAAUGAACUGAAUACCUAAAGCACUGACCCCAUCCUAUCAGUCCUCCAUUAAUUCCCUCUCUGGUCGGGAUAUUGGAUACAGAGGGUUACCUUAGGGCAGUGGUCUCAAACUGUGGCCCUCCAGAUGUUGCAAAACAUCAACUCCCAGCCGUUGGCUGUCCGGGCGUGCUGGGAGUUGACAUUUGCAACAUCUGGAGGGCCACAGUUUGAGACCACUGCCUUAGGGCCUCCAGAGUUCCCAGGCCUGCUUGAGUUGCUACGGCUGCUAACCUUGUUGCUAAGCCACUGAUACCAGUAAAAAAUGAAUAUGGACCCAUAGAUUGCCUUCAAACAUGAUAUGAUUGUUCACAUCUCUCAAUAUGUUUGUGUUGAAAGGUUCUUUGGCAGGAUUGUCUCCCAACAAAAUCAUGUUGUCAGUGGAAUGUGAUAGAAGUGUUGAGCCCGGUGCUGGCAGGCAUUCUUAGUGCACCAGGCAGAAACGUUAUGCAUAAAAGUAUAUGGGUGUGCAGCUGUGCACAAUAGAGGGGUGCAGGCCCUGUGAUUAGGAAUUGCGGUGUUCUGCUACGUUGCCUGCACUAUACCCCUCUGCUGCAAUGAACAGCCUGUGCAUGCCGGCACCGGGAAUUCUAGGAGCAAAUUCUGUAUGAAUGUGUCAGAAAUGUAGCUUUACUGGUUUACGUUCGGUUUCCUUCCUUCAUUUCUGAUUUUACAUGUUGGUAUAUGUCCAGCUUCAUACCAAGACUCAUUUUCUGUUCCCUUUAAGUAAGCCAUAGACAGGACAAUGUUUGAUAUGACGAUCAGGUCAAGAAAUGGGCUGUUACAUACAGCAAAAUUUCUCCAAAAGACCACCUCAUUGAGAAGUGCACCCCCUUAUGCAGAGCAGAUUUUGUGUGACAGAUUUCUACCGUCCUAUAGUAGCCCACUUUUCAGUGCAAUUUUGAGUGGUCUUCUCAAGGAAGUUUCAUUUGAAUGCCAAGCAACUCUUUAGGUCAGAAGCAUCUAUCAAUGGAUUCUACAAUUUUUGCAUAUGAUGCAUUCUUUUUUUUUUUUCUCAUAGCCAAAAAUUUUUUAAAAUGUAAAUAAAUAGAUGGGGAGAUGUUGAGGAGAUAUCUCAUAGACCAUGGGGCAUCUGCUGACAUGUAUGGCCAUUAAUCUUUAUCUUCUAACACUAUAUAUAUCUUAUGAAUUGAAUACAUACAGAUAAAAUACAGAUCGUGCAGUAGAAAUAUAUAAAAUAAUAUCUAAAAACGUCCCCUAGUGGUGGCCAUAAGUAGCUGACAUAUCCUAGAUUAACUAGAUAAGAAUAGGAGAAGUCCGGCACUGCUGUCCAAACGAGACCUAUCCCAGACAGAAAGUCGGUAACUGUUCACAUAACUCGUGCAGUGCCGGGGGUGCAAUCCAAAAGGCAAAGACAGAUACAAUCCAAACCAGGAGAAAAACGAAAGGAUGCACUCACCCGGGAGUCUU